GAUCUGCGCCUCCUCCGUUAUAUGUGACAGUCGCUCCUCCGCCUCCUCCACUCUCUCGCCGCCACAUCUCUUCAUUACUCCGUCCGCUCCUCUUCUUUUUCCUCCUCUCUCGUUAUUUCCCUUCGUUUUUCUCCUCUUCCUUGUUCCACUCUUCGACUCUUCCUCUUCGACAUGCUCGUCACGUGAAGUCCGCCAACUUGCAGAUUGGUGGCUAAAAAAGAAAAGAAACAGAAAACGAAGAAACCAGCAGUCCAAUGCUCUAACGGGGAAUAAGAGAAAAACCCACGCACGUUUGCAUCUUUCAUUGAGUGCCUUGGCUUGAACGGAGCAACAGUAUGGAUCUGUCAUUCAUGGCUGCUCAGAUCCCAGUAAUGACAGGAGCCUUCAUGGACUCCUCGCCAAAUGACGACUACAGCGGCGAGCACUCGCUCUUCAACUCCUCGGCGAGCGUCCACGCCGCCGCUUCAGCAGCCUCCGUGCACGGCCAGCAGGAUGAGCAGCAGUCCAUGUCCAGCGAUGCCAUCUGGCUCUGGAUCGCCAUCGUCGCCACUAUUGGAAACAUUGUGGUGGUGGGCGUUGUCUACGCCUGCACGUUCUGAUGAACACAUGCUUGCAAAGACAACACACACACUCACACAUCCUGCUGUUUCUGGAUCUCUGGACCCCUGAAUGAGACUUUGUAGACAGAAACACAUCCUCUCUCUAUGUCUCUCUCCUUCUUUCUCUCCCUCACAUUUGCUUUUUUUUUUUUUUUUUUAAAUCAAUUUGGACCCCUGAGGCUGUCAAAGAUGUGAUGCCUGACAGUGACAUAUAGACUACUGUAUUUCUUUAUCAAAGGGAAAGACUGGGAUUUGCCUGCAUUCGUCGGCAACAAGCACUUUUGAAUGCUGCAAGUUGUAGAAGAAGCUUAUGUGCACAACAACUCUCCGGUUAAAAAUGGAAACAACAGACCUGCGCGCUCACCCAUUAAUGAAAAAAACUUUUUUUUUUCUUUUUUUAGCUUAAGUUUGUUUCCAUGUUCCUGCUCAGACAGCACUCUCAUGUGUAAUGUAGAAAGAAGAAUGGAGAUUAAAUGGGGCUUAAGAUUCGGGUUAACUUGGGCCACCUGAAACAUCCACCAGAUAGCUGCGAAGCAAUUUAGGGCAACGUUGCUUAAUUAUGCGGCUGAGCAGAGCUGGUGAAUGUAAAAAAUUUAGAAGGUACUGGGAUUAUUUUCAUGUUAGGCAGCCCUGAGGCCCAGUACAUUAGGGCUCAUUUAUGUAGAUGAAACAUAGCAUGGAUACUGAUUAUCAGUGUGUAUUGUGGGUUUUCUAAACUGUUCUACUGAUAGGAAAAAGGGAACAGGAUACUGAUUUUUAUAAUCUGCCUAAAAUACUUUCUGCAGUGCAAACUUAAUUAAAGGAGUGAUAUCUCAUCUUAGCAUCAAAUGAUUCCAGUAAUAUCCAACAGGAAUUAUUAGAAAAUCAAUUUAUAUUCUCAUGGUCUGUUCAGUUAUAAUAGAGAAUGCAAAUGUUAACGAAAUAAAAUUAGAAGCACAAAUUAAAUCAAACACACGUAGCCUUCUUUCCUCAUUCACUUAAUUUCAUCGUCCUUUUUUAAAUCUGUAAUUAAAUUCUGUAAAUUGCUUUUUUUGUCAUUUCUCAGCAUUGAAACAGUCAGCAGCAGAAGCUGGAAUUUCCUGAUAUUACAGAUAUGUAUCGGAAAAACAGUAAAUGUGUUCAAAAGUAGCGUCACACUGACCAGAUCUCUAGUGAACUUUGUGAUAAAUGUAUGCUAAUGUGAGUAGGGAAGUGAUGAUUUUGUCACUUAUCAAGCUGUACCUUUAAAAUGUUCACUGUUCAGUUAAUUAGUUCUGUGUUUCUGUGGAUGCUGGAGGCUGCUGUCUCCAUGGCAACUAGGCCUAAUUGGGAUACAGUAACUUUACCCGGAGAGUUGAGCAUUAACCUACAGCCAAAGACGCAAUCAAUGCUUUUCAACAUGAAACAUACUCUACAGUGCACGGCAGAUACACAAUACUGCAGCUGGUAGGCUUUGAUCUUUAUCUUUUAAGUCUGCAAAUUGAGGUUUUUUGCUUUACUUAAAUCAUCUUAUGUCCCCUGAUAUGUUGCAAAACAUUUGAAAUAAACAAACAAAAUAAAUAGAAGAAGAUAAUUUUAUUUUUCAAACUGUCAGCAAAGUGUUUCAUCUGUCAACUGCUCUUUUAUUUAUGUGAUAAAGCGACUGAUUCCCAUUUUUGGACAGAGGGCUAGAGAGAAAUAGAGAUGGAUAGCUCUUUGCUCAGUGAACUGAUAUUUCUCUUGGGAUUUAGAGAAGAAUAUCAAUAUGCUCUAAAAAUAUAAACCUGUCUUGUAUACACCAUAACUGUUCAAAUGUUCAUACACUGAAAAAAAACUGGCUUACUGUAUCUAUUGUAUCAUGUGAAGAGAAAUUCAGACACACCAUAAUCUGUUAUUAUUAAUGUACUUUUACAUUGUUCAAAGGAGGACUUUCAAGGCCUGUUAUUUUUAAUAAAUGGUUGAUGUAGAAAUAUUUAGAGAUGUUGUAAACCACAUACACAACGCUCCUUUUGUAAAGACAUAUAUGCUACUAUUAAAAUUUCUGUAUUAAUGCAAA